CAGCCCUCGUGGUUCAGGCGAACUCGGUCUCCCUCAGGCGCCAGAGGGAAAUUCUUAUGAAAACCAUGACUCCGCCCAAUAUGCGCGGGUCCGAGAUGGUCUUGCGAUAGUGCGCUCUUGUUGCGGCUUUUCUCACUCUCGCUUUUUUUUCUGGCUUCAGAGAUUCGGCUUUCCCGUCUCUCCCGCGCUUCGCUCAGAAAAAGUCUGGGAGCCGUCCCUUCGUUCUUUUCGCUCGGUCGCCCGCUGUCUCGUCUCUCUAUCGCUCUCUCUUUCUUAGGGACCUUUGCCGAAAUUCACUAUAAUCUAAUGUUUUAAGGAUUGCCGUCAAGAUGAGAACGAGAGUACCCGUCUUCGCCGGCCUGCUGUCGCUCGCGGCCAAGGGCGGCAGGGCUGAUCCCACAUGGCCCGCCGCUACCGAUCAUAUGGAGGAGAUCAUCUACCAGCUGCAGGGUUUCCAGGGCAGUCUGUUCAACGACAUCAUCACGCCUUGCAACAAUGAAGCAUUUGGCCCUGGCCGGGUAACGGCGAGCGAGUGGCUGCGCGUGGGUUUCCACGACAUGUCGACGGCCAACCGUUUCCGGGGCACUGGUGGCGUCGACGCCUCACUGCAGUUCGAGCUCACCAACGGAGAGAACUCGGGCCCGGGACAUAACACCACCCUGCAGUUCUAUGCCAACUACCUGACUAGCAGGUCCAGCAUGGCCGAUCUGAUCGCUGCCGGUGUCUAUGCCUCGGUCCGGUCUUGUGGCGGCCCUAUUAUCCCUCUGAGACUGGGGCGCCAGGAUGCGACGGGCGCCGGGGCCCUCGGUGUCCCGCAACCUCAGAAUUCAGCUUCUACCUUUCGGACGCAGUUUGACCGCAUGGGCUUCAGCCAGACCGAGAUGAUCCAGCUGGUGGCAUGCGGCCAUAGUCUCGGCUCUGUUCACAGUGCGGAGUUUCCUCAGCUCGUCCCUGCCUCGGUUGGACAGAUCCCCCUGGAUUCGUCCAACGCACAUUUCGACAACAAGGUCGUCACCGAGUAUGUCGCUGGCAACACAACCAACCCCCUGGUUGUGUCGUCUCCUUCGCUGGGACGGAACUCCGAUCUCAAAGUGUUUAACUCGGACGGCAAUGCCACCAUCAACACCAUGACGUCGGCGACUGCCUACAACGACAUCUGCCGCACCGUCCUCCAGAAGAUGAUCGAUGUCGUGCCCGCUGGUGUUACCCUUACCGACCCCAUUGCGCCGUAUGCUGUCAAGCCCGUAGACAUGCAACUCACCCUGAACACAGGAGGCACCACUUUCCUCUUGACCGGCUACAUCAGAGUCCGAACCACAGAACUGGCCGCUAGCUCCAUCACAAACGUCGUUCUGACCUGGAAGGAUCGGAAUGGUGGAAACAGCUGUGGCUCGUCCGGUAGUUGCUCCACGACUGCGACAUUGCAGGGGGUUUCCACCGGGUUUGACGACUCCUUUGCCUUCUUCCCCAUUUCGGCAACGAUUCCAGCGUCGUCUGGUAUCUCGUCAUUCACCCUCGUCCUCAACCUCAAUGACGGGUCAAGCCAGACAUACGAUAACAAUGGGAAUUCGUACCCAAUGUCCGACGCCAUUGUCCUGCAGAAGCCGCAAAGCUGCCUGCUCCAGGGCUCCGGCGCCCUGACCGCUACCGCACUGGUUCGUAACGAUAUCGUCGGCGUCCCUGUUAAUCUGGGAGUCUCGUACCUCACGCCACGCAAUACUGCCGACGGCAACCCUGUCCCAGCCCUCAACGAGGCCACCAUUCCCAUGACACAAGGUGACUGUGUGGGCGAGUACACCUUCUACAGCGCAAGCUACACCAUUCCUGGCGGCCUCAGCCACAAUGCUAGAAUCAGCGUGACUGCUGGGGAGGGUGCUAGCGCCUAUACGGACGAUUUCAACAAGGCCAGCGCUUUGUCAGGUACUUGUGCGGCGUUUUCUGGCGGGGCGACUUGCUCCAAUGUGACUACUCCGUCUAGUACGUCGUCAAUUGUCUCGUCGACAACUUCCGUGUCGGUUUCCAGCUCUACGAGUGUUUCUGCCACCAUCACAAGCACAACGGGAGUUCCCACCCCCGCGGUCAAGCCUACCGUUGGUGGAUAUACAUUUGUCAGCUGCUGGACGGAAGCCACAGGCGCCCGCGCGCUCAGUGGUGCUGCGUUCGCCUAUGAUGAGAUGACCCUCGAGUCGUGCAUGGCUAAUUGCACGGGUUUCGACUACUGGGGCACUGAGUACGGACGUGAAUGCUACUGCGGCAACAGCCUCCACUCUAGCAGCGUGGAGGCCCCCUUGGAGGAAUGCAACAUGGUCUGCGGCGGUGAUCCCACCGAGUUCUGCGGCGCCGGCAACCGCAUCGAGCUGUACUCCACGACUGCAACCCGGACGACGUCCACCACGGCGACACCGACCGCCACGCUUGCCGUUAAGCCCACCGUUGGUGAUUACAUCUUUGUCGGUUGCCAGACAGAGGGGACGGCGGGCCGGGCUCUAUCUGGGAAUUCCUACGCCGAUGACUCGAUGACCCUGGAAUCUUGCGCCACAUUCUGCAGCGGAUUCACUUACUUCGGCACUGAAUACGGUCGCGAAUGCUACUGCGGAAACAGCCUCAACACCGGAAGCGUUUCGGCCCCGGAGAGUGACUGCAAUAUGGUGUGCGCCGGUGAUCCCUUUGAGUACUGCGGCGCCGGCAACCGCUUGGAGCUCUACCGCUUGGCCAUUGUAUCCUUGUCCACCACGAGCGAACCAACGUCGGGAGCUACAACCACUUCCGCCACUCCUAGCGCGACAAGCGUCCCGACCAGGCAGCUCAGCGUGUCUCCGUACACAUUCGCCGGUUGCUGGACUGAAGGCACGGGCGUGCGUGCCCUGGGCGCGGACAGCUAUGCCUCGGCCGACAACAUGACUCUCGAGAACUGUGCGGCCUUCUGUGACGGUUACAAGUACUUUGGCGCCGAAUACGCGGGCGAGUGCUUCUGCGGCAAUACUCUGGACUCGACGUCGACUGAAGCCCCACUGGAGGACUGCUCCAUGACGUGCACGGGCAACCCCUUGCAGUACUGCGGCGGGCCAAACCGCCUUGAGCUGUACGAGGCCAACACCACGGCUCCCGACCCAACGUCGCAACCCGCCACCGUCGGCACAUGGACCUUCUACAGCUGCAUGACGGAGGCCAGCGCCGGUCGGGCGCUCGCAUCCCAGACCUUCGCGGCAGACACGCUUAGCCUGGAGGACUGCGCCGAGUUCUGCGCCGGGUACCAGUACUUUGGCGCCGAAUUCGGGCGGGAGUGCUACUGCGGCAACUCGUUCGCCGACGGGUCUGUCGAGGCGCCCUCGACCGACUGCUCCAUGCCCUGCGCCGGGGAUGGCAGCCAAUUCUGUGGCGCCGGAAACAGAUUGAGCGUCUAUGCCGCGGCCUCGGCAUGAGGCGACGGCGUACUUUUCUGUUAGUUAUUUCUUCUUUGUAUAUACGUAACUUAAAUACCUAGCAUACUUGUGGCUUUCUUUCCUCUCUUGGAGAGACACGGCCUCAUGAAGAUAAUGGAUAGUAUCUUUAAAGCCCAAAAGCAGUAAUGAGAUACCGUUAUGACUACCUAUACUGCCUAAUCUUAAGGGUCAUGGAUCAAGUAGUCCACGACCGUCAUGCGGAUUUUGCAGAGACCACCUUGUGUUUGGUGGAGGUAGAGGCUGGAUGCUCGCAAGAUGCACACUCAGUCUCAACGAUCCACGUUCCAAACGGCAGUGGGGGGGUUGUG